AAGCAGGGAGGGUGGAAUUGAAUCCCCGCGUGCAAAUCUUCGGGAGCGCUGCAGGAGCUGGUGGAUUUGAGUGUUCAGUAGUAGAGCAGGCCGAGAGCGGUGAGAUCGGCGAGUGGAAAGAUACAGUACUACAGCAUUGUUGCAUUUGCCUGUCGCAGGAAGUGGCACGUCGUCGGGACGAGGUUUUCUUGCGGUGAAGCAAAUUUUGUCUUCGGGUGGUUCCAAGUUGCUGGUCAUGCAGGGCUGCAGGCGUGUACAAGCGCUACUACGGCCUGCUCGUUUUUUGAAUCGAAAUGGGCCACUGUGGCCAUCAGCGGGAUCUGCCCAAAUCCCCCCCCUGCUUAACUGCACAUCAAAGAAUGUUCAUUAUAUGCACGGUGGGGAUAGAGGUAUGCUAGGGACAACCGUACUCUGUGUGCGCAAGGAUGAUAAAGUCAUUGUGAUAGGAGAUGGGCAAGUUACUCUCGGGUCUGAAAUUAUCAAGCCGAACGUCCGGAAAGUUCGCAGAAUCGGGGAAACUGUCAUUGGAGGCUUUGCAGGUGCAACAGCAGACUCCUUCACACUCUUUGAAAGGCUGGAAAAUAAACUGGAAGAGCACCCUGGUCAGCUUACACGAGCAGCCGUGGAGCUAGCCAAAGCAUGGCGGAGUGACAAGUAUCUAAGGCGCCUUGAUGCUGUGAUGGUGGUUGCGGACUCUGAGAUAUCUCUAACUAUAACUGGAAAUGGAGAUGUCUUGGAGCCAUAUGACGGUGUCAUAGGUAUCGGCUCCGGUGGUUCUUAUGCUUCAGCAGCUGCCAGAGCGCUUAUUGAUCUGCCCAACAUGGAUGCCGAGACUAUAGCCCUGAAAUCGAUGAAAAUAGCUGCCGAUUGCUGCAUAUACACAAACCACAACUUCACAAUCGAGCGGUUGACUAGCACAACCGCUCGAAGUUUAGAAGUUGACCGGGAUGCUACAAAGUUAUCAAAUCCUGACUUAGAAGCGACCGUCGGCACGGCCUUGAAGGAGUCAACUUGAUAUCAACUUGUCUUGUGCUAGAAUUCUUUUUCAUCGAUGUGACAAGUUAAUUCCAUUGUAUACAGUGAUGUCGUGUUAGCAUCAUCUUAGCAGAUCAUUUUUACAAAUUGAUCACGAUAAGUCGAGCUGAGUGUAAAUGUCAGAAUUGAUGACACUAACAGAUUCUAUCAACCAUCCAGAGGCCCCUUGACGGUGGAAGUAUAGUGACAAGAUUCACCUUACAGGUGUGUAAGUGAUAUGAAUAUUGUCUUGAAGUUACUGCUUGUUCAUAGUGUGGC